CUGCGUGGUCACACCCAAGCCGUUACUGCGCAUGCGCUGGUACGGAAAUGCGGAAGAUGACUUGUCACUGUUGUUGUGGAAGCUGUCAGGCACGUGAGCUGUGCUACGUCGUCGUAAGUGGUAAUAGGCGAUAUGUCGGCUGAUACUCCUCCCAAGGUGUUAUUUGAGCAUGAAGGUGUUUUCAUUCACUCAAACACUGAAGACAGUGAAGACCAAGAUCUGCUUGUUUCUGGGUUCCUACGGAUUAUUGAUAAGGAUGGUGAAAUCAUUGUGGAAUACAAACCCUUGGAGGACACUGUUGAUCCAUCCAACAUGCUCUGUGCUGGCAAGGAUUCCAGCUCAGUGAUGGAGUGGGCCUAUUGUCCUGGGGAGGAGAGGUCGUCACCUCAGCAGGCCGUGGUGCUGGAGCAGCAGCAGAGCUACGAGACCGAGUGGGACAUGAUCAACGCAGUCUCCUUUCCCAAGAGGAAACCCUGCUCCAACGGAGAGGGUGCAUUGAACCACACGCAUGAGAAAAGCAAAUGGUCCUUCACCUUCAGUGUGUGGGACUUGAGGUCUAUCACAGUGAAGGAGGAGGGCUGGUCCCGUCUGGUGUUCGGAAUGAAGGAGCCACCCACCUCACUGCCAUCCCUCCACUUCCACCAGGGGGGCAGUGAAGGCUUCCUUGACUGCCUGAGGAGAUACAUCAUAAUCACAGAGGCCCCAGAUGAUGAAACCUGCCUGCUGGUCAGCACUCCCAACCGAGCUCUCUCUCAGUCCUUCGAGAACCUUCUGGACGACAACAACUACGGCCUUGUUACUAAGCUGAAGAAGGAUCCCUAUGUGACGACGUUGGGCGGCUUCUCCAAGGUCACCAACUACAUCUUCGAUGCGUUCCGCGGCCCAGAGCUGGAGCAGCAGCAGCGGAAGCCCCAUGAGGAGGUAGCUGACCUGGACAUCCUGGGACUGGGAGAGGACAUCCCGGGACUGGGAGAGGUCAUCCCCGGCCUGGAGAUCAACCAGCAGGAGGAACCUGGCUUUGAGGUUAUCACCAGGAUGGACCUCGGCGCCAGGCCAGAGGUAACAAGGAGGGAGCCACUGUCUGCAGAGGACUGGGCUAAGCACCAGGACCAGGAAGGAAGGGUGGAAAAUGUCCCUCAACUCAAGAAAAUCAUAUUCAAAGGCGGCUUGUGCCAUGCGGUGAGGAAAGAGGCCUGGAAGUUUCUGCUGGGGUAUUACACCUGGGACAGCACCUACGACGAGCGGAAAGGCCAACAGAGGAGGAAAACGGAUGAGUACUUCAGGAUGAAGCUCCAGUGGAAGUCGGUGAGUGAGGAGCAGGAAAGGAGAAACUCCAGGUUAAGAGACUGCAGGAGCCUGAUAGAGAAGGACGUGAACAGAACAGACAGAACCAACAGGUUCUAUGAAGGCAUAGACAACCCAGGCCUGGUGUUACUACAUGACGUCUUGAUGACGUACUGCAUGUAUGAUUUUGAUCUGGGUUAUGUUCAGGGUAUGAGUGACCUUCUCUCCCCAAUCCUCUAUGUGAUGGACAACGAGGUGGAUGCCUUCUGGUGUUUUGUCUCCUUCAUGGAUCAAAUGCACCAGAACUUCGAAGAGCCGAUGCAGGGCAUGAAGACUCAGCUGAUCCAGCUCAGUACUCUGUUGAGGCUGCUGGACCUGGCCUUCUGGAACUACCUCGAGUCACAGGAUUCAGGUUACCUGUAUUUCUGUUUCCGGUGGUUACUGAUCCGCUUCAAGAGGGAGCUCAGUUAUCCAGAUGUCCUUCGUCUGUGGGAGGUCAUGUGGACUGGCCUCCCCUGCCAAAACUUCCAUCUGCUGGUGUGCUGUGCCAUCCUAGACUCUGAGAAAAGGAAAAUCAUGGAGGAAAACUAUGGCUUCAAUGAGAUCCUCAAGCACAUCAAUGAACUAUCAAUGAAGCUGGACAUUGAAGAAAUCCUUCACAAAUCAGAGGCUAUUUGUAUGCAGAUCAGAAGUUGUAAGGAUUUGCCUUAUUCAAUAAGUGAGAUCCUGGGAUUCAACACAGAAAGCAAAUUUCCCAGAUUAGAAGGGAGGGAGUUUGGAACUCUUGAUUCCCCUCAGUCCCCCAGACCCACACAGAGACAGGAGGUCUUCUCUAAUGGUCACAACAGACAUUACAGAGAACCCCCUACUCACAAUGGCUGCAAAGUCUCCUUCAUAUCAUAGUGAACAAUAUCAUUCACACAGACUUUUGCAAUGUCCACAUACCAGAAAGAGUAUUUUGGAUUCAGUUAUUGGAUAAGUUGGUAACUGAAACCAGUUUAUCAAGUACCUAUAAGAAGAAAUUUGAAGAGAAAAGAAUGUAAAAAAUGAUUUAAAAUGUUCAAAUGGUAUUGUUUUUGUAAUUUCUUGUACCAUAUUGUCUUUCAUUGAAAUGGUAAGUCAUUCCUUCAAUCCUUGCUAAGGAUAUUUUGUAAAGACGGGCAAGGUGAGUUUGCAUUGUAAAGUUAUAAUGUGCUGUUUUUUAUUUAAACUAUAACCUUUUUCUUGAGUCAUGCGCACAAGUAUUAAAAUCUAGUCCUGGGAUUUCAAUGUUUAUUGAUUCAAAUUUUGAGAAGUUAAGGAAAGGCCUACAGAGUUAAGAUUUGUCCAACUAUUAAUUUGAUAGGAAAUGACAAAAGGCUGUACAAUAUGUGUUGUCUUGACGCUCUGUGAUAAUAAGACACUUUUGAAGAUUAAAAUAUUUAGAACAAAGCAAAAACCAAAAUGUAUGUUACUCAGCUUUCCCAGUGAAUAAAAAUAUAGCCUUUGAUUGUGUACUCAAACAUCAGUACUAAUGCGUUUAUUUAGGUCCAUAAGAUUGGACCUUUUGUUAGUGAUGAAAGAUUUAAUUUUAUCUCUCAUUUCAUAUGUAUCUGGUACUGUAUUGAUAAAGCCUCUUGAGUAGAAGGAUCCGGUCCCACCUCAGAGACGUGGCCCAAAAAUACUAUCUGAGCAAGGUUGGGUCCAGUCCACCCACAUCACUUGUAUGUAACAUUUUCCUUUGACCAUAUUUGGCAAAAACUCAAAUUGAUUUUUGGGCUCCAAAAUAUCAAUGGUAUUACAAUUUUGUUGACUGUUUAUACCAUAGUAUUAAAAAAAUGUUUUGCUUGUUUUCCAACUAUUUUAAUUGUGGACUGUAUCUGGCCCAGGAGGAAAACAGUAGUGAGUUCUUCAGAACUCAUUGAGUUGUGGACUAUUACUUAAGGCAAUAAAAGCAAUCCUUUUAAGAUUAAUUUCAA